AGCAGGGGAGGGUGGAGAGGAAAACAGGGACAUCUAGAAGCUUCUGAAUCCCGUCACAGCUGUGCAGAGCCAGGCGGCAGUGUAUAUAGAGGCGUCCGCAGGCAGACACCAGGCUAUAUCUGAGGGCACUGGCACAGAGGCAAAAUGUCUAAGGGUCCAGCAGUUGGCAUUGAUCUGGGCACUACCUACUCAUGUGUAGGUGUCUUCCAGCAUGGCAAAGUAGAGAUUAUUGCCAAUGACCAGGGUAAUCGUACCACUCCCAGUUAUGUGGCCUUCACUGACACUGAGAGACUCAUUGGGGAUGCAGCGAAGAAUCAAGUGGCCAUGAACCCAACAAACACAGUGUUUGAUGCCAAACGCUUGAUUGGCCGACGCUUUGAUGACCCCAUUGUACACUCCGACAUGAAGCACUGGCCAUUUACAGUCAUAAACGAUGGUGGGAGACCCAAGGUGCAGGUUGAAUACAAAGGGGAGGCCAAGACCUUCUACGCUGAAGAGAUAUCCUCCAUGGUUCUGACCAAAAUGAAAGAGAUCUCGGAAGCCUACCUUGGAAAAACAAUCAAUAAUGCAGUGAUUACAGUCCCAGCCUACUUCAAUGAUUCCCAGAGGCAGGCCACCAAAGAUGCCGGGACCAUCUCAGGACUUAACGUCCUGCGCAUCAUCAAUGAGCCGACUGCUGCUGCUAUUGCUUACGGGUUGGACAAAAAGGUCGGGAGUGAGAGGAAUGUCCUCAUAUUUGACCUUGGUGGUGGCACGUUUGAUGUUUCCAUACUUACCAUUGAAGAUGGAAUCUUUGAAGUUAAAUCUACAGCUGGUGACACUCACUUAGGUGGUGAGGACUUUGAUAACCGCAUGGUCAACCACUUUGUUGGAGAAUUCAAGCGCAAACACAAGAAAGAUAUCACUGAGAACAAGCGAGCCAUACGACGUCUGCGUACAGCUUGUGAACGUGCCAAGCGUACACUGUCUUCCAGUACCCAGGCCAGUAUUGAGAUUGAUUCUCUUUUUGAGGGCAUUGACUUUUACACUUCUCUAACCCGAGCACGCUUUGAGGAGCUCAAUGCGGACCUCUUUCGUGGCACUCUAGAGCCAGUGGAGAAAUCUUUGCGGGAUGCCAAGCUGGACAAGGCCCAGAUUCACGAUAUUGUUCUGGUUGGAGGAUCCACGCGCAUUCCAAAAAUACAGAAACUUCUGCAAGACUUCUUCAAUGGAAGGGAACUGAACAAGAGCAUUAACCCAGACGAGGCCGUAGCCUACGGAGCUGCUGUUCAAGCUGCAAUCUUAUCCGGAGACAAGUCUGAGAAUGUUCAGGAUCUUCUGUUGCUGGAUGUUACUCCCCUGUCUCUUGGUAUUGAGACUGCUGGAGGAGUCAUGACUGUGCUCAUCAAGCGAAACACCACUAUACCCACCAAGCAGACCCAGACCUUUACCACCUACUCUGACAACCAGCCCGGUGUCCUCAUCCAGGUAUUUGAGGGUGAAAGAGCAAUGACAAAGGACAACAACCUUCUCGGAAAGUUUGAGUUGACUGGAAUUCCACCUGCUCCUCGUGGUGUUCCCCAAAUCGAGGUGACUUUUGACAUUGACGCCAAUGGGAUUAUGAAUGUGUCUGCUGCAGACAAGAGCACCGGCAAGGAAAAUAAAAUCACCAUCACCAACGACAAGGGCCGCCUGAGCAAAGAAGAGAUUGAGCGUAUGGUACAAGAGGCAGACAGAUAUAAAUCUGAAGACGAAGCUCAGAGAGAGAAGAUUACUGCCAAAAAUUCACUGGAGUCUUUGGCCUUCAACAUGAAGAGCACAGCUGAAGAUGAGAAGCUGAAAGACAAGAUCAGCCCAGAGGAUAAGCAGAAGAUCCUAGACAAGUGCAAUGAGGUCAUCUCCUGGCUGGACAGAAACCAAAUGGCUGAAAAAGAAGAAUAUGAACAUCAGCAGAAGGAGCUGCAGAACCUCUGCAACCCAAUAAUCACCAAAUUAUACCAAGGAGCUGGUGGGCCUGGAAUGCCUGGUGGGAUGCCGGGUGGCUUUCCCGGAGCUGGAGGCAGUGCAGGAGGUGGCUCUUCUGGACCCACCAUUGAAGAAGUCGAUUAAGAACCACAACCCAACACUAUGUAAAUCAAGUUUCGUGGCACAGUCCCCGCUUUCAUUGUAAUGUAGAUCCUGCUUUAUCUUGUAGCCCAGGAGACUGUUAUCUUUGUAUGGCCAUGGCCAGUGUAGCCUAUAGCCACCCUCCACUGAAUGGGUAUUUAAUGCAGUAUUUAUACUCAACUCUGUUCAAGCUAGUACAUGUUCCUGUGUCCAGGCCUUUUGAUCCCAGAUCCUUGUUUCUGUUUUCUUGUCACUACUCUGUCUCACUCAACCUUGGAGAACGUCUCCUACAUGUUCUAAGAAGGUUCCAGACUUAUUCACCAAAGAUACCAAAGUCCAAAAAUCUCAAAGAUCUAGAAGCUACAUUGGUCAUACAGCCUAGGGUAAACCAAAUUGUGAACUUUCAUCUGCUUCACUUUGCGUAAAUGACGCCAUGCAAAAUGACUUCCCAUCAGCCUCUUGCCAAAUUAUAAAACAUUUUCACCUGCCAGACUGAGAACGUCAGGUGAAUUGGAAUUUAAGAUUGUAUUAUUAUAUUUUUAUUCUGUUCAUUAGACCACCAACCCCACCAUUGUUCAGUUGACUUUGGAUUCUUCAACCUUGCUUGUUAUAAAGCAAGUCAAAGGAGCAAAUAAAAGUUUGGUUCCACCUUGGAGACCUGAUCUCAUCAACUUCAGUCAACAGGCACUGAUGCAUUUGAGACUAGAUGUCUCCAUGUCUAGAUUAAGAUAGUAAUGCUCUACCAAGUCUUUAAACUUUCUGGGGCUAUGUUGUAACCUCAGUCAAUGUUUUGUCUUUUCCAUGUAGCCAUAGAUGAUACCAUGGACAGUUAGUUAGGACACAGUCAUGAAUUACUUUGAGCCAACAAGAAUAACCACAGAUGUCAGGAUUUAGAAGGACAAUUCUUACAAGAUCUCCAUUUCUGACACCAAUUCCACUCAAUGAUAUGGAGUCCCUAAAAUUAAAGUCAAGGUCAAGUCAAGCUAAAAUUUGGUUUGGCCUAUGGCCGGGGUCUCCAAGCUGUGCCUUUACAGCUGUUGCAAGACUACAACUCCCAGCAUGUUUGAAGAUCAUUGCCCCAGUUUAUUUGGUGAUUCUUUCUACUACAAGUCUUAGUUAAGUUGGGCAAGAUCUUCUGUCUCCAAUAGCAUCAUGGCCCCUGUAGAUCUACUUGCUCUCAAAUCAGGUUCAUCCUGAUCGUUCACCGCUACAUAUUUCUAGUUUAUGAUCCAUCCAGCUAUUGGGAAGAAAAAGGCAGAUAGAACAGAGACCACCAUGGCAACCUUGUCAAUGACCAUUAAGCAAACUAUCUCCUCUGUUUAGAAAGGGAACUGAAUUUGCCAGAUGUAGGAGGCUGAGUUAGUUAUUUGACUCUUAAAGGAGUUUUCCAUAUUCAAUACAUAUUCCUUAUCCACAAACUAGGGGAUGGAUUAGAACAGUGGGGGUCCAACCUCUGAAAUCCUCACUCUUUGUGUUCUGUGAGUAAUAGUGGACAUGUGUGGUGCUACUCCAAUGUAGGCUUGUGGGACUGGUGUUCUCAUGAUUGGUUGGGGUCCCAGGGGUCGGACCUCCACCGAUCAACAUCGUACCAUAUGGAUAGAAGAUAAGUAUUGUUCAUGAGAAAACCUCUUUAAGGUUGAAGUAGAACUGGAGGAAGAUUCAAAAGCUAAAGAUGCAUCACCAAAGAAUGAUUAAUUCAGCUCUGCUACAUCAAUAUCUAUUGGACAUCUAGUUCACACUUGUAUUGCUGGUCCAUGCUUCAUACCCAACCAGUCGCAGCUUGCCAACCUCUGACUUUCAUUCCUCGAAUGUCCAUUGGUGCCUUUAAGGGUUUUGCACUGAACAUGCUUUUACCAGGGGGAUUGUAAUAUCACUGUGCCAAAUGAGUCAUCCAUCAAAGUAGUAAUAAAAAUGCUGUGUAAACAUCA